GACGGCAGCGCCGCGCCCGGGCCCGGCCCGCAGGGAGCGCGGGCCCGCGGCGGGGCCGGCAUCUCUCGCCAGCUGCAAAAUGCCGAGUGUGGAAAAUGUUCUCACGAGAAGACGUUCUCUGAUGUUUGAUCUUUGUCUGCUUUCAAGCCUAGUCAGCAAGAAGGGAGAUUUAAUACCAAGGCUGUGCCUUUCGAAACAGGACAUACGGCUCAGGUGUUCCUGAUGUAUCAGCCAGAAGUCCUAAAAAACAAUUUCAGGAAGAGAGAGUUACAAGUGACGGCAUUCUUUGAAAUGUGAUCGGAGAUUUGGUCUAAAGGCCACAGGGGUUUUACUGCUUUACUUCAGGAGAGCAAGUGUUUGAUUUUGUCACUCAUCAGGACUAUAGUGGGCCACCCUGCAGAUUGAGGAGGGAGUAAAAAAGCAGAAGGCGAUGGCACUUGAAAAUUUAAUCUCCACUGGGAUCAUCCAGAGAGAUGAGACUCCCAUGGAAAAGGAGGUUGUUGGCCAGUGCCGAGGAUGUUUCAGCCUUGCUGAUGUCAUGUACUUCUCCAAGAAGGGCUGUGAGGCAGUUGUGGAAGACGAAGUCACUCAACGGUUCUCCUCUGAGGAGCUGCUGUCCUGGAAUCUCCUCAGCAGAACCAAUGCCAACCUGCACCAUGUCAGCUGGAAACUGGCUGCUGUGUGGGUCACUGGCAUCCUAAUUCGGUAUUGCCUCCUGCUGCCUUUACGCAUCUGCUUGUCUGUUUUCAGCAUCCUGUUGCUGAUGUUGGCCACUACUGUAGUAGGACAGUUUCCAAAUGGCAGAGUUAAAGGCUGGCUGAGCAACCAGGUCCAGAUGAUAUGUGCCACCUUAGGUGUCCGAUGUCUGAGUGGCCUUGUUCAUUUCCACAACAGGGAAAACAAACCACAGGAAGGAGGCAUCUGUGUAGCCAACCACACAUCUCCAUUGGAUGUCCUAAUCCUGGCCAGUGAUGGAUGCUAUUCCUUGGUUGGCCAGGUACAUGGAGGGCUUAUGGGACUUAUUCAAAAAUCCUGCAUGCAAACCUCUCAGCAUGUCUUGUUUGAACGCUCAGAAAUAAAAGACCGUCACCUGGUGAGGAAAAAAAUUAGAGAACACAUUGCCGAUAAGGCCAAGUUACCCAUUUUAAUUUUCCCAGAAGGCACCUGCAUUAACAACACAUCGGUAAUGAUGUUUAAGAAGGGAAGCUUUGAGGUAGGAGGAACCAUCCAUCCAGUAGCAAUCAAGUAUGACCCCCGCUUUGGAGAUGCCUUCUGGAACAGCACAAAGCAUUCCAUGAUGACCUAUGCUUUUAAUGUGUUAACCAGCUGGGCUAUUGUCUGCAAUGUGUGGUACCUGCCACCAAUGGUCAAAGAGGUCCUUACAUGUUUGUAUGUUUUGAAAGUGCUUGUAAAAUGUUGUCUGGAAGGAGGUCUGCAUUAUUACAGAAGGUGUUCUGAAUCCUUAUUGAUAACUUAAUGGACAAAGCCCAGGAAGCACCACUACAGUCUUGGAUCUAUGUAGGAUGCAUCCCCUGCUCUGGCCAGACCUGGGACUUCAGGCUGUGUGUUGUUUGAGGUUGUCCCAGAAACCAGAGAGCCUCCCAUGUAGUUCUUUUUGGUGGCAAACCAGGAUCAGCUGGAACUGCUCACAUUUGGCUUAUGGGUCUGGCAUAAACCCUACUGCCUGCUGUCUGACAAAACCUAUAUUUUUAAAUGAGGCACAGAGAAAAUAUCUAUGUUGUAAAGCAAUUAAUUCAUAUAUUUUUUUUAGGAAGAAGAAGAUGCUGUUCACUUUGCUGACAGAGUCAAGGCUGUCAUCGCUGCUCAGGCAGGAAUGUCUGUGCUU